AUGUGGCUUGAAGGACCUUGCCACCAGAACGGCUACAUGCUGCUUUCAGGAGCCCUGGGUGAAAAAUACGAGAAGGAAACAGGCAAAAAGAGAGUGUCAAGAUUGGGAUUCGAACCCAAGAAUCUUUCGAUACUGCAAGACCUAGCUGACCAGAGAAUGUCAAGAUUGGGAUUCGAACCCAAGAAUCUUUCGAUACUGCAAGACCUAGCUGACCAGAGAAUGUCAAGAUUGGGAUUCGAACCCAAGAAUCUUUCGAUACUGCAAGACCUAGCUGACCAGAGAAUGUCAAGAUUGGGAUUCGAACCCAAGAAUCUUUCGAUACUGCAAGACCUAGCUGACCAGGGUAGAGUUUCCAUCAAGAUAGCUUACUGCCUGGCCUGGAUUGCUGCUUGUUAA